CCCGCCUGAAGCAAGCAAAACGACGGCUCGAGACUCGGACGACGAGUGUCGUGACAUACGCACCGUUCAUCGCGUUUCACCGCUAGAGAGACGUGUUUUCACGCCGCGCCUGCGUGGACGGCGAACCGCGGUGCUCAGGCGAAACUCCAGACCCUUAGCUGCAGCCUCUACUGCAGCGCCUGCGCCUCGCUUGCAAAGCGCCGCCCGCCGGCCCCAGCCGGCGCAAACAUCACAGCGCGCGCUUGAAAAAGCGCACAAGAGCCAGCGCGCCGCUUGAGAAAGCGCCGCGCAGCAACGGACGAUGGGCUCGCGCACCAAUUUCGCACUGCUUCUACUCACUGCCGCUGCUGCCACAGAUAGGCACGAGAGCGGCACGCCCAUCUACGACCUGGCGAACCACGCCUGGGGCUACCACGAGGACAGCAAGAAGGACGCUACUUUUUUACUGGCGUUUAUCUUGCUGAUCGUGGUGUCUUUAGCUUUAUCUUGGGUGCUGGCCCAUCGGUGGAAGUGCAAGGUGCUACCGGAGGCUUGUGUUGUUUUAACAGUGGGCAUGGUGGCUGGUUUUUUGUGCAAGGAACUCUUCGUCAAGAGGGGUAAAAGAGGCUUCUUUAGCGGUGCGCUAUUAGGUUUUGACAACGCGUUGUUCUUCCUAGGACUACUCCCACCAGUCAUCUUCUACAGUGGCUACGAGCUCCAUCCGCAGUGGUUAUUUGGCUUGUUCUACCAAAUAGUAGGGUUCGCCGUAGUAGGAACCUUCGUAUCUGCCGUGAUAGUAGGUAUUGUGCUCAAAAUAGCCUCGGUCUGCCAUUUAGCUCCGCUGGACAUCACCUUCGCGGAGACGUUAACGUUCGGUGCACUAGUGUCAGCAACGGACCCCGUGUCGGUCAUCGCCGUCUUCACCGAACUUAGAGUGGAUCCAAAAAUGUUCUACCUCGUCUUCGGCGAAUCUGUCCUCAAUGACGCUGUUGGGAUUGUAUUGUUCAAAACAUUCAGCAAGUUCGUCGGGUAUUCGUUUACGGCGAAGAACUUAGCUUUAGCGGUGGCUGAUUUUAUCGUCAUUUUCUCUGGUUCAGCCAUAGUUGGUGGUGUUUGUGCCGCGUUCACGGCGUUGACGCUGAGGAUGCUGCGGGCGGAUUCCGACGCCGACGAGGGCGCUGCUGCCACGUCUCGAACUCUACAACUCGUGACGCUCUGCGCGGCCAUCUGGGCCCCUACCUUCUUGGCCGAACUGGUCGAGCUUUCAGGUAUUGUGGCGACCUUGUUCGCGGCUAUAGGUGUCAGGCACUGGGCGACGCCGAACUUACAAUCCUCGUCGACGGUCGAUGCGAAACCGGUAGCUAAUGCCGUUUUAUCUACAUUGGCUCAUUUGGCGGACACGAUCAUCUUUUUGUACCUCGGAUUGAGCGUGCCGGCCUGUGUGGAAAUCAUGACCUCCACGCCAUCGACGCGACGCCUGCUCGACGGCGUGGCGGUGUCGAUUCCUCACCACUCGACUGAGCCAGGACGGCCGCGUGCACGCGACACACUGGUUGAUUUCCACACAGGUACCAGCAAAGACGCGCGACUGGACCAACGACUACUCGCACUCCCUGACCUUCUGGGCCAUCCUCGCCUGCCUCGUGGGGCGGGCGGCGCACGUCUACCCGCUAUCUAGACAAAUAAACAAGCGCCUGCGCAAGGAGCAAGCCCGGCGGCGGUCGAACUCCUUCUCCCAGUCGCUGGCCACCGAGGACGCGCUGGGCGAUCCGCUGGGCGAAGAAAAACGGGAAGACCGCGCGCGGCUGUCGCCGCGCGCCGAAGCUCGUGAGGAGCAGCAGCCGGCGACGGCGGGCGAGAUCCCGCCGGCGAUGCAGCACAUGCUCUGGUUUUCUGGAUUGCGGGGCGCCGUCGCCUUCUCCUGCGCGCACACGUUUCCCAACGCGCACGACCAUCGCACGCUCUUCGCGACGACCACGAUCGUGCUGAUCAUCGUGUCCAUGUACGUGCUCGGUGCUCUGACCGUGCCCGUGCUGACCGCUUUAGGUAUUCCGCGCGACUGCGAACUGAAGGAGGACGGCUCGCCGAUGCCGCCGCCGGCCGACUCGCCCGUCUUGCGGCUGCGGCGGUCGGCGUCUAUGUCGACGGGCGUGCCGAACGCGCCGUUACCUUUGCGCAUGCUCCAGGGCUUGGACCGGCACCUCUACCCGCUUUUGGUGCGGCGGUCGCCGUCGCCAGUAGUGACUGAGGAGCCGCGGCAGACGGAGCUCGAGAUGGUCGAGGACCCCGACGAGCCGCCAGUGGUCGAGAAGACCAUGUUAUGACACCUGUUAAUUACACAUACUAU